AUGGCCGGUUGCAAACAGAGCAUGGGUCGAAAGCGCACCCUCGCUGAUCCAUGCUCUUCGUCUCCGAGCUGUAAGAAGCACGCCAGGUCAUCUUCAACAUGCUCGCCUCGCUCCAGUCCAUCAUCCACGAUCCACCCAAUUGAGCAACUCAUUUCAGCAGCUUCCUCUUCAUGUGGCCCAUCGGCACCAACCUUCGACAGCAUUUGUCGCAACUCGUCAGACCCUUUCCCACGCUACUCUCUAGGCAUCCCUCACCUCGACGUCUUGCUGCCCUUCCGCGAUGGCCUCGAUCUCCUCCACGCCUACCACCAAGGCAUCGGCUGGAUCUAUUCCCCUGUAGACCGCACCACCCUGCUCGAAACCCUCGAAGAAGCAGAACGUCACGGCGCUGACUCGAUUCACCCGCAUCGUCUCGCUUGCCUCUUGGCUGCACUCGCUCUCGGAGACCUAUUUUCUCCCUGCUUCUCCACAUCAACACAGCCCUCAACUAGUCGUCCCGAAAGCCUUGCAGAUUCAUCAGCAAAGCGCGGCAGAAUCUGGUUUGGUGUGGCUUCCGCCUGUCUGGCUGGCUCUCGCAAACGCGCCGACCUCAUGCACAAUCCUACGCCAGAUGCAUGCUCGGCUCUCUACCUCAUGUCCACCUAUCUCCUCUGCUCCAACGACGAAGAGCUCUUCUAUCGCUCCCAAGGACUCACCGGACUCGCGCUCAUCUUGGCAAAAUCAGCACUCAUGCCUUCUUGCGUAGCAUCAGUUCCGUCACGUUCGACACCCCAUAUAGCCGCGCCUUCGGUUGCAAGCCAGCAUCAGGCAGCAGCCGAUUCCAAGGCCGCUGAAGGCUCAUCGCCAGCUUCACCUCUGACUACCACCGCAACCCAUCAAGACCGUCUACACUGCACCAGGCUUCUCAGCGAUCUCAUCUUUCACCUUCGCUGUCAAGUCCUUACCUUUGCGCUGCCCUGCACAUUCGGCCAUAUUUCUUCUCCGGAAAUCGGCGCACCUCUCGCCAGCUUUCCCGAAGUCCCCACCAUACAAGCCAUCUGGACCGCGUUCGGCACACCUCUCUAUGCAAGCCUUGAUGCAUUCGGCAGCCGCUACAGCCCUAAUAUCUUUCACAAUUGGAAACUAGGGCUCGCCGAUCUCAUGCACCAGGUCUCGUCACUCACCAACCAGGCCGUUACUUUCGACAAUCUUGCGUCACCCUUUCCGGGAUCAUGCGGUCUCGAUGCAGGCAUGCUCGCCGAGAAGCUGCGCGAAAAGCGCAGAGAGUCCAACAGGAUCACGCUUCCGGAUCAUGGACACGUCGUGAAACUGGACGAGAGGAUCCGACGCUAUCACGCCAGCUUACCCGAGUUUUUGCUGCUGCACAAGCCGCUGCCUAUCGAGAUGGCGGGCAAAGUGGAUGAGGACGAGCUGGCACAGAUCAUCUGCCAGCGGCACGUGGCCUGCUCCAUGGUACAUCGCAUGCUCAUGGCUCUGCAUCGACCAUGGUACCUGUCUGCGCUCGCUGGCCGAUCUCACGCGUUGAUAACAGAACCGAUUCAGCCCUUGCGUCACAGCCCCCCAGCUGCAGAGAUGCGCGACAGAUCAUCGCACUCUAAGCCCGACCAUAUGGCACCUUGGCCAGAGGCGACGUGCACAUCUGCCGAGCAGCCAUCGCCGUCAGCCAUGUUUUCUCUCUCCGCCGUCCUGCGCUCGGCAACGUGGCAGACAGAGACGUAUGCAGGCGCAACCGCAUGUGCUCCUCCACAAGCACUCGCCUGGUGGCAGUUCACUAACAAUGCACUCGCCGCCGCCAUCGUCCAGGCUACCGCGUUGCUUCGACUGUCGUGUCCGUCGAAAGGCAACAGCUCCACGCCAGGUACAGGAACGAAGGCUGCGCAAUCCAUCCAGGCUUCGUCGCAUUUCCACACGCAGGUCCGCAGCGAUCUCGACAAGAACAUUUGCUCGUUCCAGAACGUCGCCAAGCGAUGCAAGCUCGCAGCAAAGGCGCUGCCGUUCUUACAGCGCGUCAGUUCCGCCAUCGACUUGGGAAUCUGCAAAUCGAGGAGUGCAGGUUCGUCCGGCGAAGACACUCUGCAGAGCAGCGUGUUGGCUGAUAAAGGCGAAAUGGAGCAGGCGCACUUGGCGGCAUCGGCAUUCACAGCAAAAUCGACAUCAACAUCAAACACCGAGGGCUCAGACCCCCUCACUUGUAACAAUAUCAGUAUCGACACCAGUCCCAGGCAGAGCAACAGCAAUCGCAUCGUCACUCGCAACAGCAACAGCAUCAGCAUCAGCAACACUAGCAGCAUCAGCAACACUAGCAGCAUCAACAACACAUCCAACACCAACACCGCCAACAGCACCGCCAAGAACGGUUACGUUCACACCUGCGAUCAGCGUGCGAACUUCAACACGGAACCCAGCAACGAUCCCCAACCGUCCAAUUCGAGCACUUUGACUACUUCAACCCGUCCAUCGGAAGCCAGACGUGCUUCAAGCGCCAAAUCCGAGCUAGAGGCCAUCUUUGGACCCAUCGCAUCCGGGCUCGAGCUGUCUGCCGCGUCUGUAACCGAGGCACCGGUGAAGCCCUUGUAUCGCCAGAGCUGGGAACCGAUCCCUGUACCGCCCAGCACGCGCGAGGUGGAGGAUCAGAUCUCACAGCCACCUCCGAGUGAUGACGCAGGCUCGUCGUCCUCGUCCUUUGGGACGUUUCCACGGACGCCGCGGUCCGGGUCGCCUCAGGUGAACAGUGCGGAUACAGGUGGAGAUCGGGGACCAGUCUUGGAGGAAGGCAGAAAAUCAGACGCUGCAGCAGGAGGUGCAGCCCCGGUGGCAGCAGAGGAGGGUAGCAGGAAGAAGCAGAAUUCGGCGUCAGACCUUGUGCUAGAGUGCAUCAGGUUCUGGCAACCUGAGAUGCUUGCUACUCUGUCGGCGGAUCGGUCGUGA